AUGCCCAGCUUAUUCUCCCGCGCGCGGACGACGUCGACCAAGGGGACCAAAGACAAGGACAAGACCGCCGCCGCCGACGGGGCCCGCACACCGACCAAGAACGCACACAACGUAGCGUCUCCAAAGCUCGGCUUCGACGAGUUUGGCCGGGUCGUCAGCAGAGAUGGAGGAGGGCGAGCGACGCCGAGCAAGUCGAUGCGCGACCUGCGCCUGAAGACGUCCACGAAGGACCUCGCCCGCCCCGACUCGGCCCUCGGCGACCCGUUCCUCAGCGCCCUGCCCGACGGCAGCUUCCUCCCCCUCCAGCUCGACCCGCCCCGCUACGACGACCCCGCCGACCCCUCCGCCGACGCCGCCGACGCCGCCCACCACCCCCCGCGCGCGAGCCAGCACCGGCCCGACUACGGCUUCCUCUCCUACCAGCGGCACGUCGUCCUCCCGCCCGAACACGUCUCCGCGCUCGCCGAGCUCCUCUGCGCCGAGCUCGCCGCGCGCGGCCUCACGACGCCCUUCCUCUUCUCCUCGUCCGCGCUCGACGUCUCCGCGUCCGGCGUCCGCCGCCUCGUCGGCGCCUUCCUCGAGUGGUGCCGCACCCCGACGGCGGAGCGGGACGCCGCGUGGCGCGAGGAGGCGCGCUUCGCGGGCCCGCACGAGCUCGCGAUGGCGCUCCGCUGGGGGCUCGCGAGGGUCGUCCGCGUGAGCGGCGGGCAGGAAAUCCGCGGCCUGUUAGACUACAAGGACUACGUCGACUGGCGCGACGCCGAAGCCGCCUCCAACUACCCCGCGGCGCACUUCGCCGCGCUCCUGCCGGGCCUGCACCCGCUCGUGCGCUCGACGCUGCUCACCACGCUCGCGCUCCUCGCGCGGCUCACCGCGCACGCCGCGCGCUCGGGCCACACCCCGCCCACGCUCUCGCCCCUCUUCGGGCCUCUGCUCUUCGGCCUCGGGCCCGCCUCGCUCCCGUUCCGCCACGCGUACGUGCACUACCUCCGCGCCGCGCGCGCGGCGGAACACGUCCUGCUCGCGUUCGUGCGCUGGCAGGACCUGCCCGCGGGCGACGCGCACGCGCCGGAGAAGCGGGGCUGGGGCGCCGCGAUGGGCGUGCCGCCGCGGCUGAAGGACUGGAUCAGGGGGUACCCGGCGACGCUGCCCGGGUUCGGGGAGAAGGGGUGGGAGGGGGAGGUAGGGGGAGGAGCGGGCGCGAAGGGCGAGGAGGAGAGGCCGAGGGCGAGGAAGGGCGCGCGGACGGUCAGGGUCGUGGCGGUGCGGCGGAACGUGAGGAUGUAUAGUCCGGAUCUGGUGAGGAGCGCGGCGGGGUGGGCGCAGAGGGCGGGCGGAGGAGGAGCGGCGGCGGGAGGGGCGGGGGCGAACGGGUUGGCGGGGAGCAAGGAGUGGGAGCGCGUCGCGCCGAGCACGCUCAAGCUCCCGCCGAGGUAUUCGGACGGGUACAGGAAGAGGAUGGACAUGCCGCCGGGCGUGCAUCCGGACACGGCCGCGCCCGCCGGGCUGUCGAGUGCGCCGAGCGCGGCGAGCAGUCUGUCGGCCAGCACGACGAGCACGUUGUUCGACGAGAAGGACUAUUUCGGCGUGGGCGGGGGAGGCGGGGGCGGGGGAGCGGGGAAGGAGGGCGAGUUCAAGAGCUUGACGGACCUCAAGUGGGGAGAGUUCGAGACGGUCGGGUUCGGAGGCUUGGCGGACAAUCGCAAACUGCAGUUUGACCUGACGGAGGGCGCACGGGCGGCCCGUCAAGCGAAACGGCAGACGAUGUCCUGGGAUGACUUUUCCUCCUCUGGCUUUACGCGUUCGGACGCGCCCCUCAGCGCGACGCUCCAGUUCAGCACCCCGCUCGCGACGACGAUCAGCAGUUGGCCGUCGCAACGGGACGAGAUCCAUCGUAAGCUGAAGAAGGUUCAGAAGGGGCUGCCGAGCUUUGGGUGGGAUACGGAACCGGUGAUGGGCCCCGAAGAGUGGAUAGAGGAGGCGUUCUUGGACGUGUUUUGCGAUCUGAUAUACGGUGGUGGUUGGAUGGACAGCGAGCGGGAUCGGGAGGAGAGCGAAAGGGAGUGCAAUUGGGCCUUGGUCGAAUUCAAGUCGCUCCCCGUCUCGCGCACCACCGUCUCCGGCACGGGCGACCCCCGCACGUCGACCUCGCUGUUCCUCUUCGAAGAGUUCGUCCCCGCCGAGUACCGCGCGCAGCUGGCCUCGUUCUCCUCGCCCAAGCGCCGGCGGCUGCCGAGCCUCUUCACCAUCACCAAGUCGUCCUCCGGCGCGUCGCGCCAGUGGAAACCCGCGACGACGCUCAACGGUCGGCCGUACGCGCCUGGUUCGGGGCAGGUCCCGCAGAGCCCGUCGCUGCGCGAGGUCGAGUUCGAAGGGUUGCUCCGGGGCAAGAACGCGAGCGUGACAAAGGUGGUGACCCUCGAGCAGGGCGGCGGCGUGCGCACCGUCGCGCGCGGUCAGGUUGUCGUCCCGCCCGUGCGGACGAGCUCGGCCAACGCGACCUCCCCCGCGACGCCGGAGAAGGACAGCAAGACGACGACACCCGCGCGGGAUAAGACGGCGCGGUUCGGGAUCGUGGCGCCCCAAAGUAUGCGCAGCCGGCGCGAGUCGCGCGUUCCCCCCGCUGACUCGCAGAGCAUAGACUUCGAGACGCGGCUGGCGAGCAUGUCGGACGACGACGGCUCGCCGCCGGGAUCGGGCACGCCGCGGCGCGACAAGCGGCGCUCGAAGGACGACGCGUGGGUCGAUAUCCUCGUCGCGACCGCCGGGAGGCGUAUGGCGGGCCAGGACGCGGACCCGGCGAUGCUCGCCGUUCGUCGCGGGCUCAAGGGCGGCCGGAGCGACCCCGAGCUUGCGAGCCAGGAGGUCGCGGCCGCGCUCGCGGCGGUGCAGGGACAGGUGUUCUCGGACGACGAAGACGGGGAGGUCGAGCCCGCGCACAAGGGGGAGGUCGAGCGCGGGCGCAAGGGCGAGCCCGCGCACCGGCACGAGAUGGAGGCCGCGGAGGAUGAGGACGGGGACGAGCUCUCGCCCGGGGACGUGGAGCCGGCGCCGCCCGCGCGCGACUCGAUGCUGUCGUCCGAGUUCGACGCGACGCCGCGGACGAGCGAGGCGGACGAGAGCGAGGAGUCCGGGAGCCCGGCCGCCGCGGCGCUCGCUGAGCUCCGGAAACGCGCGGGUAUGGGCUACUUUGCUGCCCACCCGGACCGGCUCGCGCGAGGCGCGGCACCGCGCCCAGCAAGCAACUUCGAAGAUCCGCGAGCGCGGCUGGCGCGGGACGAGGAGAGCGACGAGGAGGAAGCAGAAGCGCAAUCGCCGUACGGCGGGCUGGAGGAUCACCCGCAUGGGCCUCCGAGUAGGCCUGUAAGGCCACUUCCCGUUCCGCAGGCCACCACGCCACCAGCGCCGGCAUCAAUCACACCGCUAAAGCUUGAAGUGCCGCUUUCGACUCCACCUAGGGACACGCCGUCGCCGGCGAAGGACGCAGCUGGACCGAUCAGCCCGGGUGCCGUCGCAGGCGCGCGCGCGAUCGGCGGCAAGACCUCCGCGCUGAUCGAGAUGUACCGCCAGAAGGAGAAGGGUGGCGCCGCGCCCAGCGACCAACCGUUCCCGACGCAGCCGUCGCGCCUGCCUGUGCGUUUGCUUCCGACGCCCGGCAAGCCCGCGUCGCCCGAGGCCCCGGCGAUCGUUCCGUCGCGAUCGCCAUCCCGCUCGCCAAACGGCAGCCCUGCGAAUGCGCUCCCGGGCAAGACGCCGGAGCAGCUGGGUGUUGCCCCCAAGAAGGUAUCGCCAAACCCGUCGCCGCCGUUGCCCGACGCGGUUCCGGUGCGCGUCGAGCCUGUCCGCGAAGCAUCCGUUCCGAGAUACGUCCACGGAGCGCCGUUGCACAACCUCGUGGAGGAGGAAGAGGAAGAAUAG